GCCUCGUUACGAAAGAGCCGGAGGAGCUGAGGAGCCGUUUCGCUGGCGACAGCUGCGACCACACAUCAGAGAGAAACCGGGAGAAAGUAGCAGAAUGUCUGAAGAAAAGCCAAAGGAAGGAGUGAAGACUGAGAACGACCACAUCAACCUGAAAGUGGCCGGUCAGGAUGGAUCAGUGGUGCAGUUCAAAAUCAAAAGGCACACUCCCCUCAGCAAACUCAUGAAGGCGUACUGCGAAAGACAGGGGCUGUCGAUUCGUCAAAUAAGGUUCAGGUUUGAUGGACAGCCAAUAAACGAAACGGACACACCUGCACAGCUGGAGAUGGAAGAUGAGGACACUAUUGAUGUAUUUCAGCAACAAACAGGAGGAGCUGUUUAAGCAACAUUUGGACUGUUGGUAGAGCGUCACCUUCAUGUGUGUUUUUUUUUUUUUUUUUUUGCCAUUUACGUUUUCCCCCUCCGUGCUUGGCUUCAUGUCAUGCUGUUCGUGGCAAAAAUCCGAUUCCUCAUCUGGAACCGUUGACUCUGAGCAGCAGCAAGGCCUUUUUUAAACACGCUCUAUUUACAUAAAAGAUUUGUUUUAAAACCGUCAAAGGCAGGAGCGCAUCUCAGAUGAAGUUAUGGAUUUAAAAACGAAAAAAAAAAAAGUUUUUAAUGUGAGAUGUCCUCUUAAAUCACAAGCUGACUUUACAUCAGUUUGUUGAGAGAUUCUGUGGUUUUCUGUCCAUUUAUGGAAGAAGAAAACGGAUAUUUUGAAACUUUUUAAGUCUUACAGGAAUUUUCAUUGAAUAUCUUUACCCAAGUUAACACAAACAAAAUUGUUGUGGAAGAAAAUAUCAAAAAAUGCUCUGGUCAAGUCAGAUGUAAUAAAAUGGUAUUGUGUGGUGAGGUUGCUGGACCAAAAUUGCCCAGUUCUUUUUACAUCUAUAACCUUAGGAGCUGAUAUUUAAAACAAAAUACUGCAUUAUUGAUAUAUUCUAUUAYGCAGGGGAAAUGGUUCACUUGUAAAUGGACUUUAUUCCACUUUUGGGGCCCUUUUUAAAAACGUAAACUUUAUUAUUUUUUUCAAGCCGUUACCAACUAAAUAUUCCACUCACUAUAUAAGUCAUACAUACUGUGUUUCCAGUUUUGAAUGGUUUGUAAAAAGAAUAUCAAAACUUUAUCUACAUAUUUUUGUUAGCUGCUUGUGUGUUUGUAGGAUUUAGCUUUAAAAAUGUCUACUGGUGUUUAAAAAAAAAUAAAGUAACCAGUUAGAAUUGCCAGUGACCUUGACAAUUUUUUUUAUUUGUACAUUAUUUGUUGUCUCUAUUCUGUAUACAAUAAAUAUAGUUUGAUAUGUUUUGAA